AUGCCUGCGAUUCAUCCGCCGCUAAAUGCCGUGGCCCUCCUUCGUGGGAAGCAGCUGGCUGAGCUUGCCCGGAUUCCGCUCGACAAUCGCCGUGUUGCCGCCUGGCUGAUUCUACUCCGGGACGACGAUACCUGUCUCUGGCGAGAGAGAGACCUUCCAUGCACCGCCUGCAGAGGGAGGUGGCCGUGCAUCGACUCUAACGCCCGCAGCAGUGGAUUGAUCGGGCGCUGCCAGAACUGCCAUUACGCCAACCUCCCGUGUACGAGGGAUGGCGCUGACGAAGCCACUGGGCCGGGGGACGCCCAAGCUUACGGCCACAACAGUAUCCACAGGGUGGCUUCGAUGCGGUCUGUCUCCGCUCCCGUGGCGUACUUCAGCGCCCGUGCCGGAUUCGCGACGAUUGCGGAGAGCGAAGAGCUGGUGAGCAGUGAGAGCAGCUCGACCCGCCGUAGGGUCGACACCCUUCCCGCCAAACCAGCUUUCACACCACCUCUUAGUCCGCCGGGUCCUUUAACCUCCCGCCCUUUGAGGUCGGCUCCGCCAACACUCCAGCGAGCGGCGACUCGACCCAGGAUAGACGCCGCUGCAGGUGGAGGCCCUUCAACUCCAUCUCUGCACGCAAACGGCGGCUUCGUGCCCCGACCAGUCUUGAUGCGGCUUGGAGCCCGGGCAGUCUCAACGCCAGUUCCGGCGCGGCCACCGCUGCACGACAGUGCUCCUUACGACUUCGCCAAGGUGCGCUCAAUCUUGCGCAAGGUGAAGCACAGAUACGAUGUACUGUUCUGCCAGGGUAAUCCGGGGAUGUCGCUGCGACUCACACCACUGAGCAAACAUGUGAAGGUGCUGUCGCCUGGGCAUCCCGGGGGAUCGUGGGCGGUCCUUGUGUUCACCGCCGAGCUGGGUGUCAUUUACCACAGCGAACUGAGUAAGGCCGCUCGGGAGCGUGCUCUCACCAUCAAUGGACCUGGAUUCUGGUAUGACAUAUCCUACGCUGAACUCUUUGGCGAGGACGGCGGGGUGCACGCUGCCACCAUUGCCUUGUGGUUUUUGAAUAAGAACAGGCUGAGGUAUCCAACUCACUUUGUGAUUGACGUGACCAAGGCUAGAAAGGAGCACGCCCUAAUCCUGCAAGACAAAAGACCGGAGUGGGAGGCAAUGCGGACCACGGCGCCGACGACGGCCUUCGAGCGGAGGCCGGUGUAG